AGUCUGUAUCUAUCAAGGAAGUUGAGUUAUUGCAAAAACAAAAAGGGUCUUAAACUUUUGUGGAGCACUUUUACUGGUACCGGUACCGGUACUGGUGCAUACCUACUGGCAAGUGAUCUGUUCAGUCUCGUAUGAAAGACUAAAGAAUAGUAAACAUUCUAAUAUUUCAUUUCUACUUAGAAAACUGGAGAGUGACACUUUAACUCAAUCUUUCUGUUCGAAGUGAAAAAUUUAGUGUUUCCAGACUCACCACACAAGUUCUGUGUCGCUCGAAAACCCAUAGAUGCGACAGUUGUCAAAGUUCACAUUGAUAUUUUCUAUUUUGACAAUAUUACUGCAACCACUGGAAAAUUUUUAGCUUUCAGUUACAUAUUCGCCGUAUCCAUUCUUUUUUGUCUUUUUAGAGUCAAUGAUAACAACGAAUGAAUUCACUCUACCGUUUGAAAAAUUUAGCAAACUUUCUUUUGACACGGGUAGUAGUAAUUCGUAUGAAUAUGAUGUUGAGAAGAACAAUAAAUGUACCUAUUAUUCAAUCUUAAAUUUAAAACAAGUAAAUUCAUUGUCUAAUAAUCAUACGAAAAGGUUGAUCAUAAAUCGAAACAUACAAGAAACAUUACCAUCUAAUUCUAGAAUGUCAUCAAAUGAUGAUGUUUGUGUUAUGAAUGAUAAAACAAUGCCUGCUCUCUAUGCAUCAUCAAUAAAUUCCGCAUUAUCUGUACCCGAAUAUUGUCAAUCAUCUGCAACACAAAUAACCAAACAAAAUAAGACUAAUCAAACCAUAUCAACACUCGAUCCUUCAUCAUUACCACCACUUCCCGUUUCUUCCUCAUCCUCGAGAUAUCAUCAACGUUCAAAGUUAACAAAAUCAUCAUCAUUUUCGUCAGUUCUUCCAACAGGAUCAUUAAAUCGGCAUUCUAUAAAUGAGAAUGGUGUACGAUAUCAUUAUCAUCAGCAACAACAACAACAACAACAACAACAACAACAACAGAAAAACGUAAACGAUGGUUUUAAAAAUAAUAAAUUACAAUAUUCUAAAUAUGAUGGUAACGUAACAAAUGAUGAUUCAAUUCAAAUGAGAGUUGUUCACAUUAACGGAGAAUUUGUCGUAAGAAUUUAA